UUAGUCCAUUCGACGUUGUUCAUUUCGAAAAAUGACGACGCCGACAAAUUUCACAACAGAAAUUGACAAGCUUCAUGCUGAAAUUACCAGACUUGAGACGGGUUUCUAUGAGAAUGUCAACUCGUUCUUCCUCUGUUCCAUGGCUCUCAUCAUUUUCUUCAUGCAAUGCGGGUUCGCAUAUCUUGAAGCAGGAGCCGUACGUAGUAAGAACACAACAAACAUUCUGAUAAAAAAUCUUCUUGACUCUUGUAUUUGCAUCAUCGGGUAUUGGGCUAUCGGAUGGGCACUAGCAUACGGAGAUUCAGGAGAGGGUGUCAACCUUUUUGUUGGUCACUCUCAGUUUUUCCUCUCCGGUUUUUCGGAUUAUCCCCGAUUCUUCUUCCAAUACGUAUUCUCUGCAACUGCCGCUACUAUUGUUUCCGGUGCCGUUGCUGAAAGAUGCGAAUUCAUAACCUAUGUGACUUACUGCACGGUCAUUUCAACAUUUAUUUAUCCGGUUCUCACUCACUGGGGUUGGACAGAGAAUGGAUGGAUGGCAAAAGGUAUUACAAGUGGAAUUAUUGACACCAAAUACGACGAUUUCGCCGGAUCUGGACUAGUUCAUCUCUGCGGGGGAUCCAUUUCAUUCCUGGCCGCAUGGAUCAUGGGACCCCGAAUCGGUAAAUUCCCUGAUGAUGAGGAUGACGAAUCGGAUGAAAUUCUUGGUCACUCUGUUCCCUUUACUGCUUUGGGAGGAUUCAUUCUGAUGUUCGGUUUCCUGGCGUUCAACGGAGGAUCGGUGGCUAGUAUCUCGCAUGCUGGCGACGGUCACACUGUCGCACUUGCCAUGAUUAACACUAUUCUGAGCGGAGCUUUUGCCGCUCUUAUCUACCUUGGCGUUCAUUACUAUCAACACGGAAAAUGGACACUUCUUCUAACAAUUAAUGCCUGCUUGAGUGGAAUGGUCGCUGCAUGUGCUGGAUGUAACAAAAUGGAACCAUGGGCUUGUAUUUGGGUUGGACUUGGAGCCGGACUCAUCUACCUUGCGUUCUCAAAACUUAUGAUAAGGCUGAAAAUCGACGAUCCUCUUGACGCUUUCGCCGUGCACGCUGGUGGUGGCUUCUGGGGAUUAAUGUCAUCGUCAAUUAUUUCUCACGGAGGAGUUGCGUACGCUUUGGCUGAUGCAGUUUCUGGUGCAAAAAAUUCGGGUGAUCAUCUCACACAAGCUUUCGCGCAACUUGGAUGGCAAAUGAUCUGCGCGCUGGCAAUCAUAGCUUGGUCACUUGGAGUCAUGUUACCAAUAUUCUGGAUUCUCAAAAAAACUGGAAAGCUUCGCGUCUCAGAAGAAGUGGAGAUCAAUGGGCUGGAUGUAUUUAAGCAUGGAGAGAUGGCAUACCCACUCCGAGCAUAUGGUCAUGGAUGGCACGACUUUGAACGGGCGAAUAAGAUCCAAGCAUUUAGCGCAAAAAUUACAGUAGGAGAGGGAAAAAAUACGAGGAUCAUGAAGAUUCAUCCUGAAAUGUCCAUUGAACAAUUGGCGUCAGUGUACGAUAGAAGUGGAAACAUCAUACCUAUGCCCAAAAAGUCCAGGACACUGUUCACAAAUUCAGCUGAGCGAAAAAUGUCGCAAAUGAUGUAUGAUGAGAAUAAAAUGUGAAAUUAAUUUCAAAUGUUCAAAUAUACUUUAUUUUUCUCCAAAUUUUCUCGUUUUCUUCUUCAUUUUCUCAUUUCCUCAUCACUUCAAUGAAGUUUUUAUGCUC